AUGCUGCAGGGUGACUCUGUUAUUACAGUGCAGCUGACUGAGGAAGAUAAAGUUGAAGAGGAUGUAGUGUUUUACUUGGUCUUCACUGGGUCAACUGUCCAACACUGCACAAGCACAAGGAAGAUCAAUCCUGGGAGUCUAGAGACAAUUUCUCCUGGCCAUGACUGCUGUGAGACAGUGAAGGUGGCACUGUGUGCCUCCAGAGAGGGUCAUCCUGUUCUGGUGGUGGCAGAAGAGAGUUUCCAGUUCGUCCAGGAUGAAGCCUACGAUGCCGCCCAGUUUCUGGCCAGCUGUGCCGGCAAUCAGCAGGCACUGAAUUUCACCAGGUUCUUGGACAGGUCAAGGCCACCUGCUGCUGAUGUGGACUUCUUGGAUGAGAAAGUGGCUUUGGCCUUUCGGCACCUGAAGCUGCCAGCAGAAUGGAACGUGCUGGGAGCAGACCAGUCCCUGACCGGUGAGGACCUCUAG